AAAGGCUGCAGAUUGCGCAUGCGCGGUUCGCGACGCGUCUGUUCCCCUUCAGUCUGUCCUUUCGCGCUGCACAGAAACACCGUCAGGAACAUCGACACGGCAAACACGAUCAUGUCUGAGAAAGGACAGAAGCAGAAAGAGACGCAUGUGAAAGGAAGCAGUGAGAGCUGCCAUCACUGCAAGCCAAAGACAUGCGCAAACAUGGCCGCCCCCCCUGCGUACGCUGACCUCGGCAAAUCUGCCAAAGAUAUCUUCAGCAAAGGAUAUGGCUUUGGAGCUGUUAAGUUGGACCUGAAGACCAAGUCUCAGAGUGGAGUUAUGGAGUUCUCCUCCGGCGGCUCCAGAAACACAGACACCGGAAAGGCGGCUGGAAACCUGGAGACCAAGUACAAAGUGAAGGAUCUGGGCUUGACUUUGAACCAGAAGUGGAACACAGAUAAUGUUCUGACCACUGAAGUGACUCUGGAAGAUCAGCUGGCCAAAGGUCUAAAGCUGGGACUGGACACUUCAUUUGUGCCCAACACUGGGAAGAAGAGCGGUAAGCUGAAGACGGGCUAUAAGCGUGAUUACAUGAAUGUGGGCUGUGAUAUAGAUUUCGACCUGGCCGGACCGACGAUUCACGCCGCAGCCGUUCUGGGUUAUGAAGGCUGGCUGGCUGGGUAUCAGAUGGCCUUCGACACGGCCAAGUCCAAACUGGCCCAGAACAACUUCGCUUUGGGCUACAAGGCAGGAGACUUCCAGCUACACACCAAUGUUAAUGAUGGCACAGAGUUCGGCGGCUCCAUCUAUCAGAAGGUGAACGGUCAGUUGGAGACGGCGGUCAAUCUGGCCUGGACCGCAGGCAGUAACAACACACGCUUUGGCAUCGCUGCUAAAUACCAGUUAGAUAAAGACUCCUCCAUCUCUGCCAAAGUCAACAACGCUAGUCUGGUUGGAGUAGGAUACACACAGAGCCUCCGGCCAGGUGAACAAACACCUUCAUGUCAUUAAUAAUCAGACAUUCAU